AUGGGUUUCAACCCCCCGGUGCCGCAGGGGGACAGCGACUGGGAGAUCCGCGUGGCCGUGCUGCUGAGCCUCUUCUUCCAGGUGCUCCUCUUCCUCGUGGGCCCGACGCGCAAGCGCACCGCAAAUCCCAUGGUCCGCUUCGCCUGCUGGUCCUGCUAUCUCCUCGCCGACUGGGUCGCCGACCUUGCUCUUGGCCUCCUUCUCAACAACCUCGGCAAUAUCGGCGGCAACGGCUCAUCGUCAUCCUCCUCCUCGAGCCUUUCCAGCGCUGGCGUGAAGCGUGGUGGUGGUGGUGGUGUGGGCACCACGACGGGAAGCGGCAGCAGCAGCCCCGGCAUCUUCGCGUUCUGGACGCCAUUCCUCCUCCUCCACCUGGGCGGGCAGGACACCAUCGCCGCCUACUCCAUGGAGGACAACGAGCUCUGGCUCCGACACCUCAUCGGCCUCCUGUUCCAGCUUUUCGCCGCCUGUGUUGUCUUCUCCUGCUCCAUUGAGGCGAACCCCAUGAUCCCCGCCACCGUCGUCAUGCUCGUGGCCGGCAUCAUCAAGUACGGCGAGCGCACUUACUCGCUCUACUCCGGUAGCGUCGACGGCAUCCUCGCCAGCAUCCUCCCCGCUCCUGAUCCAGGCCCUAAUUACGCCAGGCUCAUGAACGUGUUCAGCAGCAGGAAAAACUCCGGCCUGGGCGUCGAGGUCGUCGCCGCCAAUGGCCUGGCCCAUCAGUUCCAGCAAGACCAAAGUAGGCAUGAGGUCUCCCGGCUAAGGGACGCCGACAAGAAGCCGGAGGAACAGGCUUACGACCUCUUCACCAUCUUCCGGAGCGUGUGCUACGAUAUCAAUCUCGGUCACAGGGAGCGCCAAACGAGCCAGGCCUUCUUCCUCGACCGCGACAGCAUGAAAACCAAUGACGCGGUGCAGGUGAUCGAGCUGGAGCUCAACUUCAUGUACGACAUGGUGCACACCAAGGAGCCCGUCGCCCACACCAAGCUCGGCUGCAUCCUCCGCCUUGUCGGCUCUGGCUGCAUCGCCUACUCGGCCGUCGCCUUCUUCCACCUCGACAAGGGCAGCAUCCGGCGUGUAGAUGCCGACAUCACCUACGCGCUGCUGCUCGGCGCGCUGGCGCUUGACGCGGCGGCUCUGUCCAUGCUCAUCUUCUGCUCAAACUGGACGCUGGUCUUCCUCGACAAGUCAAGGUCCGGCCUGCUAAACUACCUUGGGCAGUGCGUCAGGCCGCUGCAGCCGAAGCUGGCACGCUGGUCAGAAAGGACACCACAGCUGAACCUCAUCAGCUACUGCCUGGGCAAGCUCGACGGCGACGAGGCGUCUGCCACUGUCGCAGGCCGCCACCUGUGGAGAAGCCCGCGGGCUAUCCGGGCGCUACGCAAGGCCGCCCACAGGCUAGGCGCGGGCGCGGCGGAGAUCUUCGACGACAUCUUCUUCGUUAGGCGCGAUCCUCUGAAGAGCCGGGGUAGGGAGGACCCCAUCCCCGUGAUCGAUUUUGUCUUCACGAAGCUCAAGGACGCGGCCAAACAGGUUCGGCAAUCCACGGUUCCAAGCGACCAAGUGGGGGGGUCCAAGGCUACGACCAAGGCAUCUCGGAAAGCCAGGCACAAGGACGUGGAGGAGAUGAGGAAGGCGUGCAGCUACCGUGGGGAGAAGGCCCUCAAUGAUACGAAGAACAGGAUCGUCGAGGAGAUGAAGCAGAGGAUCCCGAUCAACUGGGACAUCCUGUUCGACAGCGUCAUCGACCGGGACUUCGACGAGUCCUUGCUAAUGUGGCACAUCACGACGGACCUCUGCCUCUACUACGACGAACCGCCAUCGCCAAGAGUCUCCAGAUGGAUGUCCAUCAGCAAGACCCUGUCGGAGUACCUGCUGUACCUGCUUGUGAAGCAGCCCAAGAUACUUGCGGCGUCGGCGGGCGUCGGGCAGAUGGCAUACCAGGACACCUGCGCGGAGGCACGACGCUUGUUCGAGUCGGUGGCCAUGUGGGAGCCCGACCACGAAGACGCCCGGAGGAUGCUGCUGCACGCGUGCACGGACGUGGAUCCGGAGCUGGUCAAGGGCGGCCGCAGCAGGUCGGUGCUAUUCCCGGCCUGCAUCAUUGCCAAGGAGCUCAGGGAGCUGGAUAUAUAUACUAGAAGUCAGUUGGUGGCCGGCGUGUGGAUGGAGAUGCUGACAUACGCGGCGGCCAAGUGCAAGGGCACCACGCACUUGCAUCAGCUCGCCCGCGGCGGCGAGCUCAUCACCAUGGUGUGGCUCCUCAUGGCGCACAUGGGGAUCGGCAACAUUUACAAAAAGAUGGUGGAGGAAGACGCCACUCCAAAGCUCAUCAUCCGUCACCAGUAA